AUGACAGACUCGGAUAAUCCAAAGCAGCUUCUCAUCGAGGCGGAAAGUAUGAAGAAAUUGGCAUUUUGUGGCGUUGCAGUAUCAACUGUCGCCACUUUGGUAGCCAUUAUCUGUGUACCAAUGCUUUGCACUUAUAUGCAAAACGUCCAGUCAAGUCUACAAGAUGAAAUAAGCUUUUGCCGUACUCGAGCCAUUGGAAUCCGAGGAGAAUAUGCAAAACUGGAAAGUGCGCGUGCCAUGUUGAAGAAAGAAAGAGAAAAGCGUCAAGCGUCCUUCGAAUGUUGCAGUUGUGGUAUUGGGGAAGCUGGACCAGUAGGACCGCCGGGCUUGGAUGGUCCAAACGGAAAAGAUGGUAUUCCAGGCAAGCCUGGUCCACCUGGCCGAGAUGCUGCAGAAGAUGAACGACCAACUGAAAAAGACUGGUGCUUUAAUUGCCCAAAAGCACCUGAAGGGCCACGAGGCAGUCCAGGUCCAAAAGGACAACGUGGUUUACCAGGAGACAGGGGGCCAAGAGGACCUAAUGGAGCGCCAGGACCAAUUGGACCAAUGGGACCACGAGGACCGGUUGGACCACGGGGUGAACCAGGAGCAGCAGGAGAACCUGGUAACCCGGGCACUCAGCGUGAGGUGCCUGCUCCCAAUGGACCACCUGGACCACCAGGACCACAGGGACCACCAGGUGAAAAGGGCCCCGAUGGACGAGAUGGGAACCAAGGUCGUCAAGGCCCACGUGGUCCACCUGGUCUCAACGGUGAAGAUGGAGCAAUGGGUCAAGAUGCUCCAAACGGAGAGCAAGGUGAGGCGGGCCCGCCAGGACCAAAAGGAACUUGCGACCAUUGUCCACCUCCGAGAACUGCACCCGGCUAUUAA